AUGGCAGCCAACACCGCCGCGACGGCGCCCACCCAGUUCUCCAAGCUUCUGCGUCAAGCGCGCAUUUCAAGCUUCGACCCUGCCGUGCCCCAAGUCUACACCGCUCCGCCCGCCUACGCCGCCCGAGGCGAAUGGGGCAUGAAGCGCCCGCUCCCCUCCUCUUCCGCUUCGAUCUUCGGCUCCUCCUCCGGUUCCGCCGCUUAUCCUGGCGCACUGCGCUACGUCGAAGUCUCGCAUCUCGACACCGCCGAGGGACAAACCGCCUGGAAAGAGCGUGAAAAGGAGACGUUGUUCGUCAAGCGAUGGGCCGAAGCGGAUGCGAAGCUUCAUGUGGCAAAGCCCGAGUCUGGUGGCCAUACCUACACUGAUCCUGGAAGUUACGGCCCUCGACCCGCGACCAGUUUCCUCAAGUCGACCGAGCGCUAUUUCCCAUCAGACAUCCCGGGGCCGAUCGAACUGACACCGGAAGAGGAAGCACGCGAAGACGCCAAGGAGCGAGAAGCACGACUGUACAACAACCGAUGGCGAAGCAUCAUGAAACACCAUGCUGCACGUGGUGCCGCCGACCCCGCCUACAAGGGUCUCGACUUCAUGGGCGAACAAUCCACCUCUCGGGCAUUCGGCUUUGACGCCGACAAGUUCACCACCCGUGCUCGCAUGAUGACCAACUACAACGCGCUCUCGGAGCAGGAGUUCGAAAAGUUUGUCGAAAAAAUCCGAUCCGAGAGGGGGACGUGGAAGAAGUUGUUCAGCAGCAAGGAAAAGGGUCGCUUGCUCGGGCUGAUCCGCAAGCGACAGGAAAAGGAGUACGACGCAGCGGUGCGUGCGCAGGAAGACGCCGAGAGGCGCGGGGCGACAAAAGAGCCUCUGCCCGAGAUCAACCCAGAAGCGGAACUGGACAAAAUGUCGCUCGCCGAGAUCGACAUGCUCGAGCAGUCGCGCGACGUCGACGCUACACGCGACGCCUUCCGCAUGCUCGAAGACAAGACGCUGCGUCAAUCGUCCAAGCCCGAAUCCGAGGCGCUACCGGGCCUGUCGCAGCCGACCACCAUCCACCCGCACGCUGGCUUGCAGUACUCGCAACCGGACCCGAUCUACACUAGCAUGCUCGCCGAGCCCGUCCCAGGCCGCGUGGUGCACGAAGUCUCCUCGCGCAGCGACCGUGAUCUUCGCAAGUAUACAAAGAUCGCUGACGGCCGCUCGGUGCUCGUCGGCGGACACGUGAGCUACCUCCACGCACCCCUGCGUGCCCAGGCACCACCGACGAUCGACUGGAGUCGCCAGGAGCCCAAGCGGGGCACAGCGCUCUUCCGCAUCGUCGACGCCUACCGCACGUCCAGCUUGACGCUGGGCAGUGGUAUGCACAAGGACAUGCUCGCGCCGCGCAACGAUCUCGGCUACUUGCGCUCCAACGUGGAACUCGUCAAGCAGGACGCGCAGGGCCAGCCGGUCAACAGGGUCGCCCCCAUCGGAAGCGCGCAGUACGUUGGGCAGACGGUGCAGGACCCUAACAAGCCCGUCCGCCGUGCGCUGGGCGGCGCACCCUUGCCUGCUGGUGGUGACAGGUCCCGUGGUCUUUCUGCGUUCAACGGCCUGUACACCGGUGCAGAGCGACGCAAGAACGACAACCAGAAACAGCGUCGUCUCGGUCGCCCUCUACAGCAGAACGGUGCCAAGCAGUCAACGAACGGCAGCGACCGUGCAGCUGCCAAAGACUCGACAAAGAAGAUGUUCGACAAUCUUGAUUCGCUCGUCAACCAGUCGAACAACUAG